CCUAAAACCGCGUAUGAAAUUAUUGAGACUUCUCCCAAGAAGAAUGCCAAUCCCCUCUUCCAAGGAGAAUCAAUCUUGAUCGGUAGUUCUCAGAAUUGCGGAUUUGAAUGCUAUUAAUAGUGCGCUUAAACGAUCGAUAACGCGAAUUGAGGGCGAUUGGAGAGAGCUGGCGGCUAUGGGCGGAGUGAAGCUGGCGGCUCUGGUGCUUCUCACGGUGCUGUCAAUUUCAUCGGCCGCAGAGAAAUUUUGGAAAUCCGGACGAGUUUCUUCUUCUUCUCCGUCUUCUAUUGUCCUCCCACUGCACGGCGAUGUUUAUCCCAAUGGCUAUUAUUUUGCUCAAGUCUUUGUAGGGAGGCCGCCAAAGCCCUAUUUUCUUGAUCCCGACACUGGCAGUGAUCUCACGUGGCUUCAGUGUGAUGCUCCCUGUAGUCGUUGCAUGAAGACGCUUCACCCGCUAUACAAGCCCAAUAAUGACCUUGUCGGUUGUAAAGACCCUCUCUGCACGUCAUUGCAGUCAAUUGAACACAAAUGUGAGACUCUAGAACAAUGUGACUAUGAGGUUCAGUAUGCAGAUGGUGCUUCUACCCUCGGCGUCCUGCUUACGGAUGCUUUUUCCUUCCAUCUCACUAACGGGAUUGAGAUUGAACCUACUCUAGCUAUUGGAUGUGGAUAUGACCAGGUAGCUGGUCACUCUUACCAUCCUGUAGAUGGAGUACUUGGACUAGGGAAAGGACCCACCAGCAUUUUGUCACAGCUUAAGAAAAUGGGUCUGGUGCGUAAUGUUGUUGGCCAUUGCUUGAGUGGGAAAGGAGGAUAUCUCUUCUUUGGCGAUCAAGUCUAUGAUGCUUCACAAGUAGUUUGGGCUCCAAUGUUGCGUGAUUACCAGAAGCACUACUCGCCAGGAUAUGCAGAGCUGAUUUUUUAUGGUAUUCGUACAGAGGUUAAGAGUUUUCGUGUGAUCUUUGACAGUGGGAGUUCUUAUAGCUAUCUGCAUUUUGAGCCAUACCAAGCUUUAGUUUCUUUGGUGGAGAAAGGACUAAGUAGCAAGCCCUUGAGAAGAGCGGACGAUGACGAUACUCUACCACUGUGCUGGAAGGGAAAGAAGCCUUUCAAAAGUGUACAGGAUGUCAAGCAAUACUUCAAACCUUUUGCACUGAACUUUUCCAAUGGACGGAAGGCCAAAUCUCAACUUGAAAUCUCCCCAGAAUCAUAUCUUAUCAUAUCAUCUAAAGGCAGUGUGUGUUUGGGGGUGCUAAACGGUACCGAAGCAGGUCUAGAUGAUAUUAACAUAAUCGGAGAUAUAUCAAUGCAAGAUAAAAUGGUGAUUUAUGACAAUGAGAAGAAUUCAAUAGGAUGGAUCCCUGCAAAGUGUGUUCAGCCAUCAAAAUCACCCAAUUCUGAGAUGUAAAUAGAGAUAAUCAACUUCUUAUUUGUCGACUUGAAGUGCAGUAUUAUUUACUUAUAAAGUAAUAGUAUAAAAGAUGAACUACGCCCAAAGCUUACUUUAUACAGAGAAUCUUCAACUUUUUUGCAUUGGGCCCACUCUAUGUACACAUUGUCAUGUGAUUCCAAUUAUUCCUUUUGUUUUUAAUAGAAUGGAGUGAAUUUUGAGAAUGCUAGAUGUUUUGUGACACCAUUGCACUGGGCUAUCAAAUUUCUAACUUUAAUCAUUUUACUGCCUCUCUCUCUUGAAAGUUUGAUGAGUAACAGGGUGACCCAUUUCUAUGUAGCCCUCAAUUUCAGAAUCAAGCUACACAUCAAGAACUUUAGGAAUUGUGCUUUCAUAGAACAUUCCGCAGCAAACCUCCUGUCUGGCAAUUGAAAGGUCUAAUGGGCAACUCCUUGCUUCUUACCAGUGAUGUGUGGUGAUGGAAUAUGUAUAUGAUACCAUGGGGUUGCUAUUAGAAUGGUCAUCUUCUACAUGAAUAAGACUCAACUUUUGUUGGGUAUGAUCACUGUCUUUCCAUUAGUAUAUGUUGUAAAGAUAAACCAUUUCCUUUUUUUUAUUAUUCCCUUCCCUUUCAAAAUUUGUAGUUUCUCUUGUAUUUGCAUGAGUCUUAAGAAAAAGCAAGGUGAAGG